AUGGACAGCGUAGGCGAUACCACCAACCAGGGCGCUGAGCUUUGGUGGAGUGUUUGCAAGCCAGCGAUAGCGGGGCUUCUCGAUAGCGCAGGGACAUACACGGAAGAUGAGAAAGUCAGUCAAUUAGCAUUUUUUAGGCGUCAUGUCGUGCCGUGGCUAGGACCACAACCGCUGUCUGACGGGAUACAUGCCGUGAACCCGAUCGAUGCGAUCUCGCCAGUCGAAGCAAGUAUCAAUUUUACAGCAAAUGGGAAACCCAUUGUCCGGUAUCAGUACGAGCCGCUGAGCGCAACGAGGCAGCACCAGGAGGCUAAGGAGAGGCUUGGACAAGAGCAUGUGCGACAGAUGCUCUCGCAGAUCGAAGUGGAACUUAACAAGCCAGACCUUCGCUGGGCGCAUCAGUUCAUAGAACAACUCUUUCCCAAGAAUGAGGAUGAGACGGCGCUCGCUCUUAUCCGCGCAAAAUCCGAGCUUCCCCCUCCCCUGGAUCAUGCGCUCACGUUCAACAUGGCCCUCGACCUUGAUGGAGCUCAGAGAAAGAUGAAAGCUUACAUGUUUCCAAUGGCAAAGAACCUCGCAACUAAUCGGCACCGUGAUGCUCGAGAUGCCGGCUUCGACGCUAUCAGGAAUCUCAGACCGAAUGGUGACAGGCUGGCUCCGUCUCUUGAUUUUCUAGAUUCAUACUGGGAUACUUGUCCGGAACAUCUUACUCUUGAUAUGAUUGGCAUGGAUUGCAUUGAUCCGUGCAAAGCACGAGUAAAGAUCUAUGCCCAUACGACAACAUGUAAUAGUUGGGAUAUCGUACAACACAUUUACACCUUUGGUGGAAAGGCUGUGGAACCAGAGCGGUUGCAUGGUCUAGAAAUCUUGCACUCUAUAUGGGAUACUUUGCGGGAUGAACGACCUUAUACGCCGGAUAAUCACAGCAAGCAAAUGCGCCAUCCCACCUCUUUCCUCGGCAGCCUCAUGUUCAGUUUCGAGAUCAAACCUGGGCGCGAGGUGCCCGACGUUAAAGUAUACGUGCCCAUGUGGCAAUAUGCACCGAGCGAUGGCCACGUUACCAAUAACUUGUUGUCGGCGUUUAGCAAGCUAGGUUGGUUCGACGUCGCCAAGGUCAGGAAAUUCCGUUCCCCCGUAUAG